AUGUCGACCUUCGGAUUUGGAAGUGGAGGGUUCGGUCAGAACAACCAAAGCAGCAGCUUUGGCACAGGCACAGGCUUCGGGGCCAAUGCCAAUACUGGUGGAGUUCUGCCCAUGAUAUACCCCCCUCUUGCCUUUCUCGAACCUCUUCUUGUUGUCCCCUCUCGUACUUCCAUCCUCGGUUUUCCUCUAUCUCAACAACAACUGCUGCUCCUCAUGUCGUACCGCGGCGGUCCUCCGCGCGCACAUGGCAAUCCCAACCAAUAUGAGACUCGCCGUGCUUCUGACAGCGAGAUGGUGCGCGCCAUUCGGCACACCCAGCGACAGCCCGACAAGAUAAGGAAAGCUAGAAACAGCUUGAAUCCCAGUCCCUCUGACCACGAUCACUCCCGUCAUCUAGGAUUUGGCUCCGCCCCUAGCGCCUUUGGUGCCAGCACUACGCCCGCCUUUGGUGGCUCAACCAACACGUCUACUGGAUUCGGUUCGUCUUCCGGCACCGGCGGAGGAUUCGGGGCUAAUACGCAAACUCAACCUAAUUCCCUCUUCGGCGGUCAAAACCGCACCACCACCGGAUUUGGUGCCUCCAACAAUACCACCGGUGGAUCUCUCUUUGGAGGUGCUCAAAGCACUCCUACCAACACUGGCUUCGGUGGUACUAGCACAGGAUUCGGCUCAUCCGCCACUGGCACCGGCUUCGGCGCCAACGCAAACACAAACACGGGUGGAGGACUCUUCGGUGCUGCCAAACCAACUACUGGGUUUGGUGCUUCAGCUACGGGCACUGGAUUCGGCGGGGCUACUGGCGGCUUUGGAUCGACGACCAACACUGCUGCCCCAGCUACAGGCUUUGGCGCCUCCGGCUCUGCUUUCCAGGGCGGUACUGCUGCCUGCGAAGGAACAGGCGGCACCCCAUUCAACGCCUACACCGAGAAGGAUACCACUUCGAACGCGACGAACCAUUACCAAAGUAUCGUUUUCCAACAGCCAUACAGCAAAUUCUCUUUCGAGGAAUUACGCCUAGCAGAUUAUCAGCAGGGACGUCGAUUUGGCAACGGAAGUGGACAAGCUGGUGCCUUCGGCAACUCUGCGUUCGGUGGCAGUGGAUUUGGCGCUCAACCUCAAAGCACUACAACCGGCGCAUUUGGUGCAAGCACCACUCCAUUCGGCGGUGCUGCUACAAGCGCACCAUCUGCCUUCGGGUCAACCCCAACCGCCGGCACAGGAUUCGGAGCCAGUAACCCCAACCCCUUGUUCGGAGCAGCUAAGCCAACAACCUCGCUGUUCGGCACCUCUAACACUGCUGCCCCUGCAGCCACUUCCGGAGGUGGCAUGUUCGGAAAUACCCAGACCACCGGCGGGUUCGGAGCCAAUGCUGGCACUGGUACCGGAACUGGAGGAGCUUUCGGCAACACUGGCAGCUCUCUCUUCGGCAACACCAAUCAGCAGGCUAAGCCGGCCUUCGGUGGUGCAGCAACUGGAACCGGUGGGUUCGGUGGAUUCGGAAAUACCCAAACUACCAGUGCCGCAAAUCCAUUCGGAGCUUCGACUGCUACUGCAUCCCCCUUCGGCGGCGCAAACACCCAGCAGCAAGGAACAAGUGCCUUCGGCGGCUUUGGCGGCGCAAACCAACAGAACCAGAAUCAGACGCAAAACAAAGGACUGUUCGGCGGUGGUGGCUUCGGCGCGAGCACCCAGCAGCCGUCAACUGGCACUGGCCUCCUAGGCGGUGCUACCGGCAGUACAGGUACCGGCGGGCUGUUUGGUAACACCCAGCAGCAACAGCCUCAGCAGCAGGGAGGUGGCCUCUUCGGCUCACAGCCUCAGCAGCAGCAAAGCGGCACUGGCGGGGGGCUGUUUGGCACACAGAACCAGCAGCAACCAAAGCCUGGUGGUCUCUUCUCAUCCACUGGUAACACCACUGGAAGCGCAUUCGGGGGCUUUGGUAACACCCAGCCUCAGCAAAGCACUGGUGCUGGCGGUGGUUUGUUCGGCAACAACCAGACCCAGCAGCAGCAACAGCAAAAGCCUGGUGGUCUCUUCGGAAACAGUGGCACUGGAGGUAGCCUGUUCGGUGGCGGUCAGAGCACCACUGCUACUGGCGGCUCAAUGUUCGGCGGCGGUCAGAGUCAACAACAGCAGACUGGUGGCCUCGGCGGCAGUCUCCUUGGAAACUCACAGUCUGGACAACAGUCUCAGCCUGCCCCUGGAAGCUUCCAGGCAUCGCUCCUCGACGGAAACCCUUACGGAAGUCAGUCGAUCUUCUCUGGUCUUCCUGCACCAAAUGCCGCUGCUCCUGGUCCCCUGGCGACCCCAUUGUCUUCUAGCAUGAGACAGAAGCAGCGAGCUCCGUUGCCCAUGUACAAGGUCACCUCGACUGCUGCCAACCGUCUUAUUACGCCCCCCAAGCGUGGAUAUGGUUUCUCUUAUUCUACCUACGGCUCUCCAUCUAGCGUCACCGGCACUCCAUCUGGCUUGGGCAACAGCCUGUUGGGUAGCGGUAGCAACAGUCUCCGUGGCAGCCUCAAUGGUGGCAGUAUGGGUCGCUCCUUCAGCAAGAGCUAUUCCACCAGCAACCUUCGCAAUACCUUUGACCCGGAGUCCAGCAGCGUCCUUUCUCCCGGUGCGUUGCAGUCGGGUAGCACCCGCAGUGGAAGCGGCUUGAAGCGCCUUACUAUCAACCGCAACCUGAGAUCCGAUCUCUUCGAAAAGCCUGCUAGCAACCCUGCACCCAUCACCAACGGAGAUGAUCCAGACAAGUUGAAGAAGAAGGUCAGCUUUGAUUCCACCUCUCCUGGUCCCACUGGUGGCGAGGUCGUUCCCGUCGAGCCCAAGAGCCCCGAGCCCACUCCUGAGGAGCUCGGCUUCCUUCGCUCUGUCCGCAAGAGCGGUAGUCUGAACGGCGUUGAUGUCACUGCAUCUGGUCGUCCUGAAAUGGAGUCUGUCAGCCGGGAUCUCGCUAUUGUCCCUGAGAAUGGUCCAGCUACUACCAACGGUGCUACUGUCAAGCGCCUGACCUUCAUUCCUGGCGGUGACCCGAAGCCCGGUGAGUACUGGAUGGAGCCUUCCCGCGCUACACUUAGCAAGAUGAGCCGCGAGCAGCUGAAGCACGUUGUCGACUUCACUGUCGGACGUCAGAACUGCGGAUCCGUUACUUUCAAUGGCGAGGUUGAUUUGAGCACCACUGACGUGGAUCACUUGUUCGAUAACAUCGUCAACAUCGGGCUUCGCAAGAUUACCGUUUACCCCGAUGAGUCCAUCAAGCCUCCCAUGGGCAAGGGACUGAACGUGCCCUCUACUCUGCGCAUCGAGAACUCAUGGCCCCGUGGCAGAGACAGGAAGAGCAACUCCCCUGUCACCAGCGGUCCCCUCUUCGAUAAGCAUAUUGAUCGUCUCCAGAAGGUCGGCGAUACUGAGUUCAUCAACUACGAGACUGAGACCGGUACCUGGGUCUUCAAGGUUCCUCACUUCACUACCUACGGACUUGACUAUGAUGAGGACGAGGAAGGUGAGAGUCUUGACCAAAGCACUAUGAGUGCCGCCGGCCCUGACCAUCCUACUCCCAAGGCCCAAUCCGAUCACCCCGCGAGCUUCGAGCAGUCCACCACUUUCUCGAUCGAUGAGUCUUUCGUUGGUUCCAUGGUCGGUGUUGAUGAUGAUACGUUUGACUUCAAGAAGCGCAAGAUUGUUCCCGGCUCUUUCGGUAGCCAGGCCACGGCUGCGGAGGAUGAUGACAUGCUUUCCGACGGCGAGACUGAGUCUUUUUUAGAGGAAGGCUCCACGGGUUCGACUACUGAGCAAGACGACGACGUCGUCACCGAAAGCCAACAAUCUGGCGAUUCGGUAGUUGGAUCAGAUGAGGCAGAUGAAAUGGAUAUGGCUGGUGCCUUUCCUACUCCUCAUCGUACCGUGGAGCGGGACCACUACCAGGGUACCAACGGUGCCAUGGAGACCACUCAACCUAUGAGACACUUUGGAAGCCCUGUUAAGCCUCAGCUUGAUCUCAGUGGCGACUGGGCCGAGCAGUUGCAGCGCACCAUCAGCCCUCGCAAGCAGAACCGCGAUGCGUUGCGUGAAAUGCAGGCGAAUGCCUUCAUGGAUCGUAACCUUGUUGACGACUCUCCCACAAACACUGCGACGGCUUCUCCCAAGAAGGGUUUCUCAAACAGCAUCGAUUUGAUGAACUCUCUGUUUCAACAGCCGGGCAAGAGAGCCGCCCCGUCUCCGCUGAAGCCUGCCAAGACACAGUCUAAAGGCAUUGAGUGGCCCUACAACAAGCAACCCAAAACCUUCGCUGGUGAUGCAACUCAAAUGACCGAGAUCGACGCUGCCUUCCACGACUCUUUCAAGCCGCGCUGGGGUCCUCAGGACUCUCUUGUCUGCGGGAAGACCGACAUGCAGGAAACUAUUUCGGAGGUGUCCCAGACCUGGCAAGAAAAGUUCACUGUUUUCAGUGAAGGAGGAGACGUUGCGAUUAUGACUUACAAGAAAACUAGCGAGUCGAAGGAAAUGCUUGACGUCCAGCGACAACAAUCCACCAUCCAACGCGUCGAUGGCACCCCUCUCGUUCGUAUGGCCAGUCCCGAGCUUUGGCAGUUCCCUCUGUCUCCUUCCAGCCGUUCUCAAUCUGAGGAUGAGACCUUAAUGUGGCAGCUUCUCAACAUCCUUUUCAAUGACGAUAUCGAAGAUGACAUUUCAGCUGGUGUUCCACCAAAACUUCAGCAAAAGUUCGCCCAUCGUAUCAAGAAGGAUCGUCUAACUCGUCUCUGGGAGGGCAUCAUCCGCGAGAAGAACCCCAACCUCGAUAUGAUCCGCUCACCUGUCGAGCGCGCUGUGCAUUUGAUGUGUGCUCACCGGGUUCAAGAAGCGUGUACUACGCUGGUGGAGAGUCAAAACCCACACCUGGCUACUGUGGUGGCACAGAUUGGCCGCGAUGCUACCUCCCGAACCGACAUCGCGAAUCAGAUUGACAUGUGGCGCCAGAACAAUGUGCUUUCGGAAAUGAGUGAGCCUGUGCGCGCUCUCUACGAACUGGUUGCAGGAAAUGCUCUCCGCAGUGAAGGCAAGACCGGCGUUGCCCUUGAGGACCGUGCCUCCAGUUUCGGCUUCACCGAGCGCUUCAAUCUCGAUUGGUUCCAAGCCUUUGGUCUUCGCCUGUGGUACUGCACUACUGAAGAUGAGCCCAUUGAGGCUGCUGUUUCCAAAUUUCUUAAGGACCUGGCUACCGGCCAGGAACAGGCCUUCCCUCAUCCCUCGCACGAAGCUAGUACCCGCGCUGUCCCCCAGCCUGGCUCUGAUACCCUUGGUCGUGAGUCCCCGCUUUGGGUUCUACUCAAGGCCUACUCUGCCACCCAGGGUCUGAAGACCCAGCCUAUCGAAUUCCCCGCUGCUCUCCUCCCUGAGACCCUCUCCGGUGACCAACUCUCGAACCGUCUCUCCUUCCAGCUUCACCAUGUCCUCGCUGCGACUGUCGGACAAAGCUCUGCCAUCACAGUCAAUCAGCACCAGGCUGACCACCUCGUCUGGGACUUUGCUUCAGAACUGAGUGCAAGCGGAGAUCUCAAUCAGGCCUUGUUCGUCCUUCUACACCUUUCCCAAGCCAACGACCGCAAACGCGCUGUGCAAGAGACUCUUGCCCGCUCCGCCGCCCAGCUCCCCGAGCCCCUCGCUGCCGAUGGCUCCGUCGACCCGGCAUGGCACUAUCUUGUCUCAGACCUCCAACUUCCUGAGGCCUGGAUCUGGGUCGCCAAGGCCCUCUACGCCCGCGACACCGGCGACGCAGCACGCGAAGUCGACUGUCUCAUCCGCGGCAAGCACUGGAACGACGCCCAUGCCACUUUCUGCCGCAUCGUCGCUCCCUCCGCCAUCAUCGAAGGCGACUACCGCACUCGAGAUUCUGGUCUCUGGCUUCGGUGA